UCUCCUCUGUUCUUAUUUAUUACCCUAACGAAGCAAAGCAUGUUUUUUAAUCCAUAUUAGAAAGAGAAAUAUAAAAGGCGUUUACCAUCUUGAACCUAAUGUUUUCUUGGGGUAAUUUUGCACGGCAAACUCAGGAACAUCGGCUUGAGCAGCUUACAGACGAUAAUGCGUUUGUUAACGUUAAGGCGGUUCUUUCCCCUUCCUCAGCUAUAGCCUCCGCUUCCAUGGCUAACGGCUCCGAUAAAGGACUCAAUGGUGGUACUAAGAAAGUUUCUCAUCGCAAUAGAGAUGAGAUGGCAAUGGACUUUGAAAGGCAUUUCUUUGAAACUGAGUCCACAGGUGGAUCAGGGUCCUUUAACGCCACAGCAGAUGGUGCUUCAGGGGCCUUACGUGUGGAUCGCCUCAGGGGAGGUGAGUUUGGGGCCAAUGAACGUCUGAAUUUAACUCAGUGUUUUAAUCAACAACACAAGCAUUACUUGGAGGUCUUAGCACAGGCCCAGAAGGAGGCAACGGAAAAGGAAGGGACCUGCAUCGAUGAGAGCUACGACAAUGAUGAUUCUCGCAGCAUAGAAGAAACACACGGCCCAAAAACGAGCGAAACGCUUGAGGACGAAGCCAAGGUGAUGAGUUUACGUCAAGGUAAGCGCACGAGGGCGGGUAAAAAAAUAAAUAUGAAGAAACGACAACAGGCACCCCUUUAUGAUACACCAACAAAGGGACAACCACAACGGUGGCACCUUAAGCAAGGCGAGGCCCGUUGUUGGUGCCCAAUGAAGGCCGAGGACGUGGAUACAAAGAUUUCGGACGAAAUGCAACUUUUGCGUGCGUGGUAUUCUGAAAUGGCUAGGUUUGAGGAUAGUGAUGACAACAGUGAGGAGGAGCACGACACAACGGAUGACAACAUCACCGACACACGCAAAAGAGACGGCCAACACGCUAAGAAGUCUAAAAUCCACGGAAUGGGAUUAAAGGAGGACAAGACACGCAAAGUCAAAAGUGAGUACGAACAGCAGCACUUCUUGGCUCCAUCUCUGUUACGUUUCUUGACAAGCUGUCCCAGCUAUAUCGCCAUGACUUCUCCUUCUCCCUUGAGUCCGUCGUCCUCUGCGUCGAGGGGGCGGGUGAAGAAGGUUACGGGCUGCCAUACACAUCAUUUGUGCAGCGUAUGCCUACUCCCAGCGGCGUACCGCUGCGCCCGAUGCCGAUAUGCACUUUUUUGUUCAAUCAAAUGCCAUGUCUCGCACGACGCGACUCGAUGCUUAAAGUACACCGUGUAG